GCGCUACCUUUGCCACCUGCAGUUCAAGUCCUUCUCGGAGCAGGAGCAGGUUUUUGACACAACCGUCGCCAGCCCCGACGGUGAAGUCCUGUUCAAGGGCACCGACGUCGUCUUCCGUAAGGUCCUGCCUGAGCAGAUCAAGAAAGCUAUGGAGAGCCAGAUGGCCGAGGAUGAUCAAAAGAUGUACGAGGCGGCUCGUCACACUGAGCACAGGGCCAGCAAUCAAUGUUGA